GUCAAAGGGCAUCAGAGGGAAACGGAAGGGUGUGGUGGAGAGGGGACAGGAAUAUAUUAGCCGAGGGCCCUUUAAGGCUAGGAGCCCUGAGCCUCAGCUCAGACCCUCAGUCCUCUGGAGUCUGCUCCAAUACCAGCCAUGCUCGCCGCCGCGGGCUCCCUGGUGGCCGCCAUCUGGGCAGCGCUCCAUCUCCGGACUCUGCUGCUGGCUGCUGUCAUCUUCCUGUUUCUGGCUGACUACUUCAGAAGCCGGCGCCCCAAGAACUUCCCUCCAGGGCCGAGACGCCUGCCAGUCGUGGGCAACAUAUUCCAAUUGGACUUUAAGCAGCCCCACCUGGCGGUCCAACAGCUUGUGAAGAAGUAUGGGAAUGUUAUCAGUCUGGAUUUUGGAAUCAUGUCUUCAGUGAUUAUAAGUAGCCUGCCCUUAAUCAAAGAAGCCUUUACUAACCUGGAUGAAAACUUUAUGAGUCGCCCUAUAUUUCCUAUACAAAAACAUAUCUUUAAUGAAAAUGGGUUGAUCUUCUCCAGAGGCCAAACAUGGAAGGAACAAAGAAGGUUCGCCCUGAUGACACUGAGGAACUUUGGAUUGGGAAAGAAGAGCUUAGAACAGCGCAUGCAGGAGGAGGCCCGACACCUUGUGGAGGCCAUAGGAGAGGAGGGAGGACAACCUUUUGAUCCUCACUUCAAGAUCAACAAUGCUGUUUCCAAUAUCAUUUGCUCCAUCACUUUUGGCGAACGUUUUGAGUACCAUGACAGUCAGUUUCAGGAGCUGCUGAGGUUACUGGAUGAGGCCAUGUAUUUGGGUACCUCACUGAUGGUCCAUUUCUAUAACAUCUUCCCAUGGAUAAUGAAACAUCUUCCUGGACGACACCAAAGAAUAAUAGCUACCUGGGGAAAACUGAAAUCACAUGUUUCUGAUGUAGUUGACAAUCACCGCAAAGACUGGAACCCUGAUGAGCCGAGAGACUUCAUUGAUGCUUUCCUCAAGGAAAUGACAAAGUACCCAGACAAGACUACUACAAGUUUCAAUGAAGAAAACCUCAUCUGCAGCACUCUGGACCUCUUCCUCGCUGGAACAGAGACAACAUCCACAGCACUGCGCUGGGCUCUGCUCUACAUGGCCCUCAACCCAGAAGUCCAAGAAAAAGUACAGGCUGAAAUUGACAGAGUGAUUGGCCAGGAGAAGCAGCCCAGCCUGGCUGACCGAGAUUCCAUGCCCUACACCAAUGCUGUUGUCCAUGAGGUGCUGAGAAUGGGAAAUAUCGUCCCUCUUAAUGUUCCCAGGGAAGUGACAGUUGACACUACAUUGGCUGGAUUCCAUCUGCCAAAGGGUACCUUAGUCCAAACCAACUUGAUUGCACUGCACAUGGACCCCAAAGAAUGGGCCACCCCAGACAUCUUCAAUCCAGAGCACUUUUUGGAGAAUGGACAGUUUAAGAAGAGAGAAUCUUUCCUGCCUUUCUCAAUGGGAAAGCGAGCUUGCCCCGGAGAACAACUGGCCAGGUCUGAGCUCUUUAUUUUCUUCACUGCUCUUGUGCAAAAGUUUACCUUCAAGCCACCAGUCAAUGAGAAGCUGACCUUGAAGUUCAGAGUGGGUAUCACCAUUUCCCCAGAGAGCUACCGCCUCUGCGCUGUCCCCAGACUGUGAUGUCAGACACAGAAAAAAGAAAGAAGAGUAGGAAGAACUGAGGAAUGCUCUGAGCCACUGGGGCUGCUCAUAUGUAAAGAGAGAGAAGGAAGGUGAUUAGGGAAAGAUGGGAGGUUAGACUAAAGUUGUUGGAUCCAUAUCCUAGACUGCUGUGACCUCCAAAUUGAUGGUGGAUAAAUCACUUACAAAUCUUUUCAUCUAAGAGUUGCAUUGAGAAUGAUGGUUCCUCCUGUAAAGAAAGGGCCAUAUGGCAGGAAAGGAAGUCAUAUUAGUAACAGCAUCUCAAAAAGUGAAUCUUCCUUCAACACUCUGCUACAAAGAGACAUGUGGGUGUACUACAGUGAACAAUGAAAAUCAGACAGGACUUUGAGUGAUUUAAGCAGAGAAAAAGAAGGUUGCAAAAUACCCUGAGUCUUAAGGAGGUCUGGCUAGAAAAAGCUGGACUGCAUGUACUGGAGCAGGUGUGGAGGAGAGAUGCUCAAGAUACAUAUGAGGCAAUAUCUGGCUUAAUAACUAAGGAGCAAAGGUGACUUCCUGGGGUAGGAAGCAGCUUAGUCAGAACAGAAAGGAACAGAAUGUCCAGUCUUUGUCCCCUUGUCCAACCCCAAGCCUGCUGAUCCCACUACUGUGCUAAGUGUCAAAGGAAAAAUUGGAAAAAUAUUAGGAACAAGGGCUUGAGGACAGCAAAAUGGGUCAUGUGAUUUCAUGAAGCCAUUUAAACCUGUAAUCUUGUGUUUUCUUCCUUUAAAAUGGGGUACAAGGAGCUGAAGAGAUGGUUCAGAGGUAAAAGACACUUGCUACUCCUUCUGGCAAUCCAGGUCUGAGUCCCAGCAACCAACUACAACCAUUUGUAAACACUGGUUCCAGGGACUCUAAUUCACUCUUCUGGUCUCCACAGGUAUCAUUCACAUACAUGGUACACAGAUAUUCAAACAAAACAUCAAUAUACAUUUUUUUAAUUAAAAAAAUAAAAUAGGUAUAAGAGAAGAAAUCUUGCCAUCUGAUGGAAAGGAUAAAAUUCCAAACUGAGAAAUCUUACAAGGUAAUGUACUUUCUGUCUUAGGACUCCAUAAGGAAAUAAGACAAGGUUGCUCUAGUCCCACUCUACCUGUCCCAUGACAUUUUUUUUAAACAUCUAUGUCUAUUCAUCCCAGUUAGACAGAGCACCAAUCAACCACAGAGAGUCCAGCUUGGUGAGUCAGUAAUGUUUGGAGGCAGGGGGUUGCUAUGAAAGCAGCAUGGAUGAUUCAAAGGUAUCUGAACCAAACAGUACCCUGCUUAAUUGACAGACAACUAUGCAACUGAAGAGUCUCUUCCCCAUUCCUCAUUCUGGGGUUCUCCAACAGGCUUGCACACCUAAUAAUAGCACAGUAAAUAUAUCUUUUAGGCUUGGGAUGGCUCCAGUCCACAGCUGCUGCUGUCCCUGGUAGUCAUCCUAUGGUAUUGGCAUCUCCAAAAUGCUAAGGUCUCCUUCUAUAACUUGUAAUACAGCCUAGUUUUAGAUCAGCAUAUGACGACCUGUCCAAUGGGUUUCCACAGGGCAAGGCACCGGUGGAAAAAAAUGGAUUCUUACUUGGCAAGGACCAGUAGUCCAUGGGACAGCAUAAGAAUUUGCAAAAUUUGUGCAGCUUGCAGGCUUUUUUCUCUCAUUAUAUUGGUUAUUUUUUUGGGUAGUUUUUAGUUUUACUUUGUCAGUCACACAUGUGAUAGCUGUAGUUUUCUCUGGAAAUUCUGCUGUUGCUCAAAUAUUUUCCCCCAAGAUUUGACAGGUGGCUAAUGCUUCUGAAAUCUCUCAUCUGUAAUUACUAAGUACAAUUCCUAAUCCUGGGAACUUUUCUGACUCAAUAGAGAUAGUUAGGUACAUAUGAGAAAAUGACACUUGAAACAUUAACCAUAUCUCACAAUUCUGGAAAAGAGAGUAAGGCAUGCAAACAUAGAAUAGGAGAAAAGCCUCAGGAAUACACAUAGUGCCAGUGUUGAGAAUAAGUUCCCUAGACACCAAGCAUAAAAUCAUUGGUGGGAUCUGGUAUGCCCCAAGAGGAAAAAAAUGCAAUGUAAAAAUGUGGAAUGGAUAAAUCCCUCUUUACCAUACAUAGGAGCUCAUAUUGGUAGAAGAAGUAUGGUAGAGUGAGAUGGGAAGGGUGCUUUAUUGAGGUCUGCCUUUUACAGAGAGAAUGAGACACGGGGCCCUCUUGUAGAAAAGGGAACUGUAUAAAAAUAUAUCUUAUAGACACAAAAGAAUUGUUUGAAUAUUGUGCCCGUGUCAAUUACUUUUUAACUUUGAAACCACAAAUAGCUGCAAGCUGACAUAAGUACUGUGACAUCAGAAUGUGUCUGACUAAAUAUUUAGUUAAGCCUGCAAAAUGCUGAACUCUAUGUCUAGAAUAUGGUUAUGUAGGGGAUGGGAAGGUGUAUUUGGGGAAGUAAAAAGGGGAAUAGUUGGGACUUUCAUAAUGAUCACAAUGUAUUUCUUAAAUUAUGAUUUCUUUCUUUUUUUUUUUUGUUUUUUUCGAGACAGGGUUUCUCUGUGUAACUUUGCGCCUUUCCUGGGACUCACUUGGUAGACCAGGCUGGCCUCGAACUCACAGAGAUCCACCUGGCUCUGCCUCCCGAGUGCUGGGAUUAAAGGCGUGCGCCACCACCACCUGGCCUAUGAUUUAUUUCUUAAAGUCAAAAAUAUAAGCCAAUAAUAAAGCUGUUCAUAUAACCCUGGUUUAAAAAAAAAAAAACAAAAAACUCUGUUUAAGUAUAAAUAAAGACGGCCUGAGCUAUUCAGGGCCACUUGAGUGCAACCCACUUGGUGGUCAGAAGUUUUCUUUGCACCAAUGCCCCUUCCUUAUGUCAAGACUUGAACUCGAGCCAAGGCUGGGCCUUGGUGUAACUGAGCUGCACUUUGACCAAUACCUCUCCUGGACUUUCUUCAUGGUGCCGAGCUUCAUCUUCUCUGCGUGACCCCUUUAAUCCUGGGCCUUCAACUGCUACUGAGGCUGCACUUUCACCAAUGGCCUCUCCUGACAUCUUACAGUUUUAAGGCUCAGCUGCUCUCCAUGAUUCCUUUAUGACUUCAAAACCAGUGUCACCUGGGAGAAUCUUACAUAUGACCAAGUAUGGCUACCAACACGAGGUACAACAGAGGCCACCUCUGGAGCAGAGCUUCUGUGCACGGACUCUAAGGAAAUAUCCCCCAGAAGAUUUCACCUCAAUGGUGCUGGUCUCUUUCUCAUCACUGCUAAUUUCUCAGCUCUAGCUGACCAACAUAAAUUGUCCCAGCAAAACAUAGGUUUCUUUUCAGUUGUACUAGUCUCUUGACCAGUGAAGGCUGAUUCUUCAGCCCCAGAUUACAAGAAACCACAGAUUCUUAAUUCAAAAUACCAGUAGCCUAAUAAAAUUUUUAAACUUCCCACAAAACUUUACAAGCCAGGCCUCCAUCAUCUUAACUGCUCUCAGCAUUAUUAUCCAAGGUCUUACUGAACAGCCCACUGAGCUCUCAACACAAUUUUUCUAUCCCAAACUUCCAAAAUUCUUUUAUAAUCCUCCCCCAAAACAACAUAGUUAGGUCUGUCACAGCAAUACCCGCCUCCUGGUAUCAAUUUCCGUCUCAGGGUUACUAUUUCUAUGAUGAAAUACCAUGACCAAAGGCAACAUGGGGAGGAAAGGGUUUAUUUGGCUUACAUUACCUGAGCCACAGUCCAGGGAGGGAAGCCAAGGCAGGACUCAAACCAGGCACGAAUCUGGAGGGGCAGGAACUUAUGCAAAGGUCAUGAAUAAUUGCUGCUUAGUAUCUUGCUCACUCUGGCGAGUAUGGGACACAAAAUUUACACCGAAGGAAAAGUCCUGCAGGUGAAAAAGAAAAGGUCAAGGGUGAGUUGGUCGGUCAGAGAAGCUGGAAUGGGCAGGUCGUCAUGAAUCAGUGAGUAUAUAUGGUGGACACAGAAAGCUGAAGACAUGACCACCCCACCUGGGAACCUACUUUUUAUGAAACCAUACUGAGAAAGAGGAACUAUCUAAUGGAAUCAUGCAAUGGUAGACAGAUUAAACUGUAAAUGAUAAUGUCUGAGUUAUC